AUGUUGGUUCGGACUGUGAAGCCGCAUGUCAACCGAUGGAUAGCAUUAGUUCAAGUGCUAGAAAAGAGACGGAUAAUGGUCAGUGAAGUAGAUCCAUCAAACACGUCGCAAGAAUUUCUCUUACUCGAUUCUCAGGGAACACAAGUCUCAGCAGUUGCAUACAACAGUGAUAUACAAGCAUGUGCGCAGUUAUUGAUUCCAUUCAAAUGGUUUUAUAUAUCCGGGGCGAUCCUAGCUAGACAGGUCCAAAGGAAUUCUGUAAAUGAUAAUGGGUUUACGUGGAUAAUUACCCCCAGAACAAUUAUACAACCAUCUGAACCAAUCGUGCCCUCACACUUAGCUGUCGAUAUUGAAGCACGGGACUUCAUUGAUCUUCACACGUUUGCUGACAAUAAAGUUUGCCACAAUGUUUUUGCAGUAGUUGUGCAUGCUUUUCCAGCUAAGCAAAUUGGAACAACUUUGUUAGCUAGGGACAUUAUACUGAUUAAUAAUGAGAAAAUACCAAUAGUACUCACCCUUUGGAAUGAAUUUGCUCAAAGGGAGGGAAACCAACUAGCAAACAACAUAGCUCAAGCGAAUGUCAUAAUUGCCAUGAGAGUUAAAGUAACAACAUUAAACGGCAUAUCAUUGUCAACAAGAUCCCACAGUGCUGUGCUCAUUAAUCCGCCAACAGCUGAAGCAAACAGUCUAAAAGAAUGGUAUCUGCAAAACCAAACUGAAGUGGCACACCUCAUUUCAACCGAAGCGUAUAAAAACAUAUCCGUCCUACUGCCGCAUCCACCACCAGAAAAAAUAGUCGCAAUUCGCACACUACUGGAGGACAAGAACGAUCUGCCUACUGUAUGGAUUCAAGGUUUCAUUCGCUUGUCACACGUUCGGGAACCCCUUUUGGUUUCUGUAUGUGUCAGGUGUGAAAAAAAAAUUGAGGAGCUACCGAGAACACAAACUACCUGCAUCUUUUGUAACCAUAACGAUAUGCUUCAAACAAGAUUGCAGCUACCUCUCGACAUAACUGAUGUCACUGGAGCAAUAUCAACAAUUGUCUCUGGAAAUGAUGCAGAGGCACUCAUCAAUGGCAAAGUUGAACAGCUCCGCGUUAGAAAUACAAAGGGGACAGACUUCAUUGGGGAGAUCCGCUCAUACCUCUAUGGAAAAAGUGUUGUAUGUUUUAUACGAAAAUUCCAAUGCCAUGUGCCCAUUUACUCAGUCUUGAAGCUAUACAUAGAUGAGGAACAAAUUGACUUACAAACACUUGAUGUAAAGAACAACACGGACAACCCAGGUACUGGCGGUGGGAUCAAAUUGAUUGCAGGAGAUGCAAAAGAAAAACAUGUUGUGCAAAAUCCAUUCCGCACCAGACAUUCUCAAAUGGAUAAUCAGCCACAAAAGGAGGUUAAUAUGUCCAGCACAAUUGGAGCAUACCAUUCAACAUGCUUACAACAAUCUCAAAACAACCCAUGCUUUGUACUACCUCGGCCACAAACGGAUAUUCCCAGUGCAUCAACUCCAAGCAUGUACAAGAAAAAAGACAGUAAAGUCAAGCCAUUUCAAAAACCACGCACAAAUGCCUGA